AUGCUAACCCACACUUUCUUCCAGGAACUCUCGCGUCCUCUCCCCCAAUCCCGUAACCACUCCCAUUCCAUCUCCCUCGGUGCCUUCAAUGCCAAUCACCGUGUCACUCGCCGCAAGAGUGUCACCACUGCUGCCGCCGCCAAUGCCGCCGCCGCGGUCGCAGCCACUAUGAAGGAUCCCAGCGGUGAUUCCGCUGGCAUCCCCGUCGCAGCUCACCGUCGAGGAAGUCGCAAGGGCCUGGAGUCCAGCUCGGUUGGUGCCUUGCCCGGCUUCAGUUCGUACCUAUCUCGGAGCAUGAACAGUCCCAGCCAAGAAUCCCCGGUCGCUCGCAAGGCGACCCCCCAGGAUGCCAACGAGGGAUCCACAACCGCUGCCGACGGCAGCAACCCUGUCACCUCCAAGCCCGUCAACACCAAGAACCGUAACCGUCGGGCCAGCGAGGGAUCGCAGGCGAUCAAAAACGAAGCCAAGCGUGUCAUGGCGGAUCUUCGUUGCGAGCGCUGCGGGAAAGGGUAUAAGCAUGGCAGCUGCUUGUCCAAGCAUAUGUGGGAACAUGACCCGGCAUGGACGAUUACCUCGAAGCUACUGAUCUCCAAGCACCAGCAAGUCCAGCUGUUGGAAGCCGCCAGCGUCUUGGUCACCAUGAACCAUGACGGUCCCUCCGGGGAGGGACACGAGGCUGAAUCAGAACUCUCAUCCGCCUCGCCAGACGCCUCCUCCGAACUUCGCGAUGGCAUCAGCUCUGCAGAGACCACUCCGCCGCCCAUGGAUGAAGAUGAAGAGGAUGAGGAUGAUAUGGAAAUGUCCGGUAUGCCCUCCAACACAGGGAAGCGGUUCAGCGUCGGAAACGCCUCCGGGUACUUUUCCCACUCCUACCAAUCCAUCCCUUCGAGUUCCUUCAACGCGAGCGCUCCACUGCACUCGCCAUCCUUCUCCCACUUCCGUCAAUCGAGCAUCGACACUCGACCGUCGACUGCAGAAAACAAGCUGCACGAAGAUGAUGAAGCGGAUCUGGCGGCUGCCAUCGGUCUCUGCAACUUUGGAACUCCCCGAACGGGUCCUGUUCCGAUGUCCCCCAGCAUCCCACCAGUGCCUGCCCUCCCAUCCCGGUUUGUCGACCAGACUAGCAGUGCCACCCAGAGCCAAAGCCUGGAUCAAUCAGCCUCUACUGCUGCUGAUCCCCUCUUCCCUAACUCGACCCCGGAUGUCUUCCUGUCGCUCUCAUAUAACCCGUCGCUUUCUUACAAGGUAUCGGAUGAGCGGGACGUGAGAAUGGGCGAUGCAGAUCGCACAUCACGGCAAAACCACAAUGCGGAUGUUGAUUAUGGCAGCCGUCCCAACCAUGCAGAUGAUGAUGACGACGGCGUCUUUGGUCACAUGGAGGAAUAG